AUGGCCGCCCCCCGCUCAACCUCUCUCCGCGUCCUGCGCCAGCUCUCCCAGCAUUCCGCUGCUCCUGCCCGUCGUGGCCUGCACAUCACCGGCGUCCAGUCCGCCCAACCCGCCAACCCGGCCGACAAGGCUUCUAUGUAUGCGGCUCGCAGCCUGCCCGACCUGAAGCUCGAGUGCCAACGUCGCUCCAUCCGUGCUGCUGGCAGCAAGUCGGAGCUCGUUGAGCGCCUCUCCAACCACGAUGCCCUGCAGACCCGCGCCUUUAGCAUCGCCAUGCGCCGCAUUAACCCCAAUGCUUUCUCUGAAACCCGCCAAUUCAACACCUCCCGCUCCUCAAGUGCAGUCGGCGACACCUCCCCCGUCGACUUCAUCUACAUGCCAACAAUGUCCGAAAUGGAAACUCCCUCCGUCAGGUGGACAUCCCCCCAAAUCCCGGUCCUUCCCGACAUGCACUCCCUACCCGCCGACACACCCUCCGCCCCACCCAUGAAGCCGCAGAUCUACACCGUUGCCGGCUCCGGCGCCGACGUCGCGGCCAGCCCCAUGUCCGAGGUCGUGGACAACCAUGCCGUCGAUAUCGACCCUUUCUCGCUGACCGAGGCUGUUGGUCGCUCGCGCGUUGGUGAGGAGAUGAACCGCCGGACGAAUGGGGAGACCUCGACAGAAUCGGGUGUUGUGCGUGAGUUGUGGACGGGAUUUUUGGAUGAUGUGCUUGGGCCAAAGCAGGUCGCUAGGAAGUAA